AGUAUGACAUCAUCGCAAAGUUGCAAACAACCCUGGAAGUCGUAUUUGUGACCGGGAGGUCGAAUAACUUCAUGUUCGUGACUGGUAAAUGAUUUUAAUCAUGCUUUGGUGAUAGAAAAAGAAUCUCAACGAAGUAAUGGCCUCCGCAGGCAUGACAGUGAAUCAUGAUAAGGAGAAGGGACACGAUGUUGAUGUCGAACAAGUGGUUCUGGAUGCAGUGGAAGUGUACCUUCUCAUGAAGGAAGAAUACCGCAUCUCAAGGAAUAUCAGAGCAUCAUGGUUCCUCAAGAACAUCAACAGUAUCAUUUCAGUCAAAGAAGAAAAGGAAUUGCGAUGUUCCCAAGAAGAACUGGAAAUCCUGUCUGUCAUUCCCAAAGAUCCACCAACUAGUCAGCAGACGGCGGGAAAACACAUCCAAUAUCGUCUCUUGCCAACAUGUCAUGUGACCUUCUUUGCCCGACGAUACAGGCUGGUUGUAGUCUUAGAUCUCAGUCCUUCUAUGACUGCUGUGGAUAUUCAGUCAGGUAGUAUCCACAUUGCCGAGAUUCAUGCUGCUUUGACAAACUUUCUGAAGGGCAUAACCAAGCCGUUCUGUGUUCCUGGAAGUACGAUUUUACUCUCUCCGAGUCUGUAUGUGACAGUCAUUGCCUACACACCUCUUGCCCACCUCACAACACAGCAGGUACUGGUACAAGGGUGUUUGCUGACCCCUGAGAAUAUUGAUGUAUUCCUGCAAAGCAUUCUUACACAGCUGGAAGACUUUGAGAACAAAAUAUAUAAUAGUACGAUGCGAUCUCAGAACCCCUCAGCAUCCAACCUCGACGCCAUGGACGGCUGGUUGACCAACGGGCUGGACAUUGUGGUAGGGGGUGACUGGAGGGAUAGCCAGCAGGGAGGUCCUGCUAGUCCUACCGCAAGCACCCACCACCAUCCUCCUAGCAAGGUUGAGAUGGCCAACCCUGAGGCAACGUUUGUCAACAUGCUGUGGUGUGGAGUGCUUGCCCUUCAGCUGCUACCAGAGAACACAAGUGCAGGCAUCGUAGUCAUCAGUGAUGGAGUGGGCGCGGUCCCUGAUGCUCUGACCCUCAGCAACCUUCUUGGCAACCUUCGUACCAGUACCACGGCUUGCUCCUUCAUCCAGCUUGGUAAAGGGUUCUAUCCUCAUGCUGGUUUUGGUUACGUCCCCCAUACAGAGAUCAUGCAGUUCAUCGCCACUGCUACCUUUGGAGCCUUUCUUUCAAGGUGUCCCAGCAUGGAAUCUCAUGAAGACCACUUGAUGAAUCAGUACCACAGAGCUUUCCUGUCUUGGAGCUUUCAGAAAGGAUUGGAUGGCAUCAAGAUUGAUCUUAUCAAAGGUCGUCAACAUCAAGUCAUAUCAUCAGAGUCUGGCUGGCCAGAAAGUAUCCUACCAUCCUUUGCAGUCAAUAAACAGGGUUUAUGCACCAUCCCCCUCAUCAGGAAGAAGCAUACAAACUACAGACUUCACACAGAGCUGGGCAAUGUUCUCUCUAUUCGUCUUCGAGAAGGGUAUACUAUCAAGGAUGCCUGCAUCACAAAGAGUGGUACUUGCAUUGAAGUUCGUCUAGCUUUGCCCUGGAAGUACAACGCCAGGAUAGAGUACAUAGCCACAGCUCCUUGGCCCCUGGACUCUAGCAGACAUGUGACAGACAUUGAGAUCAUCAUGGAAGGCAGCUAUGAAUUCCUUCAUGACAUCACCUGCCCCAUGAAGAAAGGUCCUCAGAACCAUUAUAGGACAAAGGUGGUCAAGAACUUCUGGCAGACACUGCAAAGUUUGAGAGAAACGGAUCUACUGUUGGUUCACCUGCAGUCGUUUGCAGCCAACCCCAUCUACUACUCCUUGCCUGAGGGUACUAAGGGGGGUAUGCCCCUCUUCUACAUGCCCCCUAACUCCACCUCACCAGUCUUAGCUCAACAAUCUCAUCCAAAGCAUUCAGGAUUAGACCAGUUUGCUGACUUCUGGAAACGAAUAGCUCUUAUGGACUCAAAAAGAUGGCAGCGAUGGCUCCACACACAUCGUAUUGCAUUGCUCCUGCUUCCCGACUUGCCGCUACCAAAGCACCUUCACUUCCCCAACUCAAGCGGUCGCUACGCCACCAUCCAGUAUCGUGUGGCCCUCAAGGAAGUCAACAGCCUCCUCAAGAAAAAGAGUACAUUCAUCAUGUUGGACAAUCACAGUUACAUCAAUCUCAACUUCACUGAAUCAGGAGGGCCACCUACUUCCUUCUAUGUCAUCAGGGUAUCCACCAAGACACCCAUAGUCCUUAGACUGGCUUUUCUUGGAGGAACACCAGGCCAUGAAAGGAAUAAGGUUGUGAGAGAGCUGAAGAACGACCUACUAGCCCUGAGGAUGCCUCGGAAAAAGACUCCCCAGUAUGGCUACGACAAGGAACAGUGCACCAAGACCGCGGCUGCUCUGAAGGACCCAGACUCUGAUGGUCCUCCUGGAAGCGGAAAUGACUCCUGUGUCGUUCUGCUCUCCAGGCCCAUAGAGAUGAUCCUCAUGAGAUAUGAGAAGAUGCCAUCAGACUUCACAGACCUAAAGACAUCCAUCGAGGUGACAUCCACCUCGGUACCCGUCUACAUGAACAGUAAGGCGCCCUCUAACAACCUGAACCGAUUGGCGUGUUAUCUCCACCAUCGACGGUGGAUCUGGGAAGCUCAGAGUGAUAGCGGGAUUCAGAUUGCCACCAAGGCUGUUGCCAACAUCCUAGAUGUUCUCACCAAAUUGAGGUUACAACAAGGUUUCCAUGUGGCUUAUUCAACCAGCGGAAUACUCAGCUUUGUCAUGGAACUGAAGAUGAAGAAUCCUCUUGGUAGCAUCCUGGAUGCCAAGCAACCUCCUGAAGCCACAGACCAAGCUGACGCAGAUGAAGCCACGGAGAGUGACCAAGGCAUAGAGCAGACAUUAUCCUCUAAUGGUCAGGAGGUGUUCCCAUGUCUGCUCCAGUACAUUGUCUUCCCUCCCCACUCUGCAACGUCAAGGAGAGACCGGUCUACAUCAGUUGGUGAUGACGACGAUGAUGAUGACGGUGACGAUCAGGAUACAUCAGAAGCGGAUGGAAGACUACAGCUGGUGACGGAAUGCUGGAUAGAGCCCCAGAGUGGAACCAUCAUUGAUCCUCCGAAACAGAUGAAGUUCUUAGAUGGCCUCAACUACCAGACCAUCCCAAGAGUGAUGUUUCCAAAGGACCAGCGCAUCAUCUCUGUCCUCCUCAACUUCGAGCACCUCCGCGUCAUGUGCUCCUCCGCCAUUGACGGAGACAUGGCCACCAUGUCCAAAGGGGAACGUGGCUUUGGAGGGGUUGCGCUCAGCGAGACUAUCCAGCGUAUGCCUUACGCCUUGGAUGUGAUGACUCUCCUACCCAUGUGCCAGCAGGCCCAGGUCAUGUGCUCGACCUUUAUUGCAGGUAAAAAUGGAACAGAGAGUACCAGGUCUAGGUUGAGCUUCAGGUACCCGAAGCCCAACGACAUCCUCUACACACUGCUCACAGACUCAAUGAAAACUAUGACAGACUUCAAGCUGGACCUCUCUGAAAAGGAAAGCCUACUCUUUGCCCAGUCUGUCCUUGAUCGAAGCAAAGACAGCGAUGUGGCCCGUCCCUUUGGCCUGUCCUCUGCGGACAUCUCCAGUCUCCUCUUGGAUAUCACCGAUCGCCCUGCAGAAGGUGUAGAGAAGACACCAGGUUCGCAGGACAGACCUAGCACUCCGUUGGUGGAGGAGCAGGGGAAGAAGGUGCCUCAGUGGACGCUGUAUGUGAACAAUGUCGGGAAGGACCAUCUGAUCUUGGUCUUCAUGCCAGCUUCCUAUCAGGACCUGGAGCUGCUCAGUGCUACCAAGGACGAUCCUGAAGCGGAUCUAUCCAUGGCACCUGAAUCAGAUCAGGUUAAACCAUCACGCGAGUCCCGCUGGAGCAAGAACCUUGACCAGACAGAUAGUGAAGAUGAGAGUCCUGGCAGAAAAACAGCGCCACCUGGAGUUGAGAAGAAGACAGCCACUAGCCUCCCCCUUUCCAUCUUCGUCUAUGAUUGCUCUCUGGCGGCCCUGACCAACUUCCUCCUGGAACGUCUUGACGAGAGUUCAGUGACGAAUAUCGUCAAGGAUUUGACCUUUGCGUCUAUGGAUGCUGGUGCCCAGGUCCCGACCACACCAAGGAAUAUCCCAAGGCAGAGGACAAGGGGAUUCAGUGAACAAAAUGAUUCGUUCAUCCCACCAUCCUUCGAUAGGAAGGGAAGCAAGGCUCUGGAGUGGUUCUGUGGGAGGCUCGCCAACAGAGUUCACAAGGCUUUUGUCAUCGGCCUGUUCAAGAGUCUGCAGUACGGUCAGUGGGUGGACUGUCACGAUGUCCAGUCAGCCAUUGAAUGGGUGUGCGAGGAGUCACUCUAUGAAAUUGACAUCACAGAGUUUGUUCAGGUUGUUUGUGGGCAUGUCUACGGUGUACGGGCAAAGGUAGAUGCAGAGCAACAGGUUGCCGAUAAGCUCCAGAAGAGAAUCAAGUUUGCUGACGUAGAUGAAGAAGAAACACCUGAGAAACCUGCUCCAGAGAAAACUCUCAACCAAGAGAUCAAGUCCAGCAUUGCCGGUCGCAAGAAAUCCCCUGGCGUCAUGGUCCCCCUGGAGCUCCUCACAACCUCACCCAACAGACAUUGUGAGGUCACCAAGGGUCUGCAUGCCAUGGUCAGGGAGCGUUUCACCCAGGUCAUGGGGAACCACUUCAAGCCGGUUCCAUCCAACCGUGAUAUCUGGUUCUACCGCCUUGGUGGGGAGGCAGAAGAGGAUGAGGAAGAUGAGGGGAAGGAGGAGGAGGAAGGAGAUGGUAAAGGAGAUGAUGAUGGCGGGAACGACUACAGAGAUGUCGAGGAUUAUGAUCAGGAUUUUGCUGAAGUUGUUUACCGCACUAGUGAAGAUUUAGAGUCGGAAGGCUUGAAACCAAGUCCUAGAUUUUCUGGAUCUCAAACACCAGAAGUGUUUUCUUCUGAGAAUCCAAGUGCCAAACAGGUGUCGAAACCAACUAAACCUAACAGCGAAACCGUUUCUCCUCCUCAAAAGAAGGUCAACUCACUGGCAGACGGAGCCGAGGACGACCACUUGGAUGACUUCGCCAACGAGAUGGAGGAUGACCAUGGUCGCCUUGACAACAACAGCCUCAUCAACUCCAUCAGCUACGUGUACCAGAAGUCGGAGGAGAGGAGCUACGAGCUCCUGCCUGGAGCCCCCAGUCCGAGGGGGAGCUCGGAGGAAUCGGUGAUGGGCAGCGAGGAGGAGGAGCAGUCGCCCCUGUUCGUCAUGCUGGUGUGCUCGGUGAAGCUGAAGACUAACGUGGGUCAUCGCAACGUCAGGACCAUCCCAACUUGUUUGGGAGACCUCAUCAGCUGUCUUGAAUCUCAACCCUCUGAGGAAAUCAACCUGAAUGACCUCUCAGUGACCCUUGACCUCAUGUGCCUAUCACUUCCUGCUGACCUGGACUACCUCCCAGAGGCAGGCGACCUGGAUGAUGAGGACACGUACCGAGGUGCGUCGUUCACAGAGCACUCGCCACCGACCUCCCCUCACCCUGAUCAUCAGCUCAUGAGGGCUAACACUCUCUCAACGUCGGAUGCUGGAGAGUUGGUCAAUGAUAUGAUGGACUUCCUUGGAGCGCUACCAGAUGGACAAAGGAAAGCCAUUGAUGACACUGAAAAAGAGGUAAAGUGGCUUUUAAGGGAUGAGAUAGUAUCAGCAAUGCUACACAUUAAGCGUGUUACCGUGGCAACCCUUGAGAUGGUAGCACAGCAUGUAGAAGACUCUCAGGACAAGCCCAACUGCAAAGCCGAGGAGCUAGCCCUGCAAUUUGUAUUUGGACCGGAGCACAGCCUGGCUAAAUUUACUAGUGAGUUUGAGAGGCUGAGCAUCCCCAAGCAUCAGUUCUGCAAGGUCCAGGACUACUGGUACCUAGCCCUGGACCAGCUCCAAGCAGAGACCCUUAGGAAAGGUCAGGCUCUGAAGACAGCCCUGGAGACCUAUAACAACCAGCUCCGGCAGCAGGGCCAGGACCAGACCGAAAAGGGAGAUGGGUCCAGCAAAGAUGACCAAGGUCUGAUCAUACCAACUACCACUAUCAUCUACACACCCCCCUCUCCUGAGAAGCAUGCAGUAAAGAGAACGGGUAGUAAAGAGAGUCAGGGGGAGGACCAAGGAGAAGGGAUGCUUUCCAAGGAGGCAGAUGAGGACAUUCAGGUGAGUGCACCUAAAACUGAAGGUGAAGCUUCAAAAUCAGGCUCCUUAGCCGACGUUGAAGUUGGCGUAGAUGUCACGCAAGACAUCGAAGAUGUGGAGGACGAAGCAACGUUGGAAGGGGCCACGAUCGUGGAGGACACCGCUGAAAUCCAGACAAAGGCUGAGAAGGAAGAGGACUCAAAGAUAACCAGUGCAAUAUUGGAGGAUGUUGCUAAGCAACAAGAUGGAGAAGGGAUGAAGGAUGAAGGAGAGGUGGAGAGGGAAGAAGUGGAAGAGGAGGCGUUGGUCAAACCAAGACACGCUGAUGAUAACCUCUCAAGGAGCAGUGGAAGCUCCAUACAGGUCCUAUCGGAGGAGACAUUACAAGAAGACGCUACAACCCUACUCAUCAGCGAAUCAUCCAUCCAACUAGGCAUGGAUGAAACCGACAACGUGGGCUUCCAGCGUUAUCAUGGUGACCAUAAAGAAGGCAUCGAUCGGGAGGACGGGGAAUCGUUCAGCGGGGAUGGUUCUGAAGGUGAGAGCACGCUGUGCAGGACUAGUACCAGCUUUGAGGUGCUGACCCGGAUAGGGGAUGAUGAUUCCGUCAUUGGAGAGACAGAGGUUGAAUUGGAUACCCCUACGUGUACAUUACCAGCUACUCCUGAACACCAGAUAGACUCCGCCUCCACUACCACUGCAUCAGCUGCAGAGGACCCCGCCUCUCCAGGGGCCCAUCUCCAGAGCCCCUCCCCUCCCCUCACCCCAUCCACCCCCAGCUCCCCUCCCAGGCCCAGGGUGGGGUCAGAAGCAGGGCCAGGGAAACGCCCAACCCACAGCAGGCAGGGAAGCGGAGGCGUGUCCAGUGGACCAUCAAGUCUUUUCCAGAGCUACGUCAGUCACAGCGGCAGUACCGGAGACAACGAUGAAGAAGGUUACGAUGCCAGUUCAAGUGACAUUGACCAUGAAGAGUCGCAUCUAUUUGUAGAUGCAUUCAACCAUUCUAUGCCCGGAUUCUGGCUUAUCCUUAAACUCUGCAGGGAUAAGGUCAACCUCUUCUUCCACACAAGGGAGAGGAAUGAGAGCGAAAUGCUGGUGGAGCAGAAAGACAUCUAUCAACAGGUGUCGGAUGCUAUCAGGAACACAUGUCGUCUUGUCAACCAGAGAUUACUCCUUCAAGAGCUUCAUAACAACAAGACAUGUAGUACUCUGUUAGUUGCCGAGAGUGAUGAGGAUAUCUGGAAGCAAGAAGAUACGGAGACUCCAUCGGCUAGGGGAUUAUCGUCAGAUGAAGAUGAAGAUGAGUAUCGUCAAGGAGGCAAAGGAGACUACCUAGCAGCGCAGCUAUGGUUUAAUCAAGGUCACUUUGCAUGUGAUCUAGUACUGAGUCAAGAUCUCCCCGUUCACUCAAGACUCAAACCAUCCCAUAGACCUGGUGUACCUUCUCGAGGCUUACAGGCUCUGAAGACAGCCCUUGCUGCCUUUGCUGUCCAUGAUCGUAAGAACCUGUUUGUCUAUCGAGAGAGUUCUGGUGAGGUCUUCUAUCUCAGGUUGUACGAGUCAACAGUAGUAAGCGGUCACCAGCAUACAUCUCGUCUGUGUUCCAUUGCUGAGUCUAACCACACCUCAUCUCAACCCAACUCACUUCCAGCAUCUCAAUCUGUAUCCAGAGCAACCUCCAACCAAUCUCUGAACACCAUCGGUGGUCCAAUUAACGUGGAGGAGGAUGUCGUUUCUAUGACAACUGCUUCAACUGUUCCUCCAUCUAUGGACUCCCGUCGUGACUCUGGGGUUGAUGUGCAAUCUAUUACAUCGGCUGCCACCAAAGCUUCUACACUACAGGGCGCACAACAUAUCAUUAGCAUCCAGGUGUAUGGAGUCACAAAAGCAGGUCCUGAGAUUCAGCAUGAUCUGGUCGGUCUUCUCAACAAGAAGCUGGAAUCAGCAACCUUAGAUGUGAUAGCCGAUAUGCUGGCCAGGAAUCCACUCUGCAAACUUACUCCCGAUGAUGUUCAGUUCAUUCAACCAAAGUGCAAGCCUCCGACCGAAUCCUACCAGUUCACCAUACCCAUGUGGGCCGUGCAAUAUCUCUACUCCGUCCGCUACUACCUACGCCAGAACCUCCUUCAGAACCCCUUCCUCCACCCACCCAAGUACAUCGACUCUAAGCCAGACCACCACUUCCAGGACUGCAACUCCUGGAAGGGAGGCAGGCCUGGACCAGGAGCGGGACCAGGAACUGUCCUGGAACCAUCAGAGAUGGAUGUCUUUCUCUAUAAUAGACCACAUAAGGCUGAAGGAGGAACGGGUACUGCAUGUGUAGCUACCAGUCUGGUGGAUGGGAGUGGCAACCCGGUGGUAUUGGUAGACUGCCCCACUCCAUCAACAUCCUCACAACUCUCCCAGGCAGACUUCAAGAACCUCAUCAAUACACAAAUUUAUCAACCAAUUCAGACCAAGAAACCAGGACCGACUGCUCUGAUACAAUUCUUCAUCUGGAAGCGUGGGAGUGUGGACCUGGCCCAGCAGCUCCAGGAGGCAGUAGAGCACGCCCUCUGUGACACGCUAACGGAAUACUGCGUCCUGACAGCGCCCAUGGGACACAUCCCCGGCGAUCCGCUAAGGCCAAGAAGGGAACAUCAAAUGACCACUCCACCAUUAUCCCCCACGUUGAUAGUUCGUCCUGAUCCAAAUAGACAUAUGUCCAGUGAGUCAAGGAAAAAGCCUAUGCCCUCAACUGCAAGUAUGAAGCGGUCUAUGUCGGUCGGGGAGAGUCCCCAAUUCUUUGGAACUGAUAUAAAACUCCUUCUGAAGAGGAUGCAAAAGCGGUCUCAGUCAGUAACACCCGGCCUGGUCACCAGCGGGAACGCUCCUCCCGUAGACUGCACCCCACCGGGACCCCUUGGGCGGGCACGACGUCUGACAGACGCUUCAUCACCCCAACCUUCACCCGCAUCCUCGAGACCUCACACACCCACCAAACACAAGCCUAUCAGAGAGUACAGUCCUAAGGAAACUGAAGGUAAGACUAGCUGGCAGAUUAUUGAGAUGGAGCGUAGAAUAGAGGAAGAAGCGAAGGAGCAUCGUCGGGAGGCUGAGGAAGGAAGGAGAGGUAUUCUACAUCCUAUGUACUCCGGUCUUGCUCUCCAGUGGUUCCCAUUCAUGGAAGAGUUGGAAACACCGUCUGUCAAGGUCUUAACAGCCAGACUAUCCUGUCGCUUCAGUCUGGGGACAUUCCUCCAGGAGUUCUCAGAGAAGCUUGGGAAGGUCUGUACGGACUGCACCCACAAGCUCUACCAAGCCAGCGGCUCAGAGUUCAAACCCUAUGAACCCCCACCAAGUAAGAUCCAAGAGUCCGAUCUCCUUCAUCACUGCCAACCAUUACCAGGAAGUGAAGAGACAUUCAUUCUGAUUGGACGUAAUGUCCACCAAUGGCGUUACAGCUUAGAUUCAAGCUCACUUGAUGAACCUCUGCAGCCUCCCAACCUCACCAACCCAAAGAGUCAGAAGAGUUUUCAGCAGUUUGAUCCGCUGGAUAUGACGUCAUUGUGUAGCAGUGAGCGUAGCGGAUUACCAGGUCUGAAACAUACGUCGCAAUCCAUGAGAUUGGUCGUACCCAGGCAGAGGCUUCUACUCUUACAUGCCACUAAUAAACAGCUGAAAGUCUUUAUUUACAACUGGUCCAAUGACAAGCUGAGUUCUGUCGAUAAGCUCUUUCAACGCCUGGUCAUGUGGCACAACACGAGGGCGCACUUCCUUGAUUGCUUAGUUAGUCAGAAGAUGGGUCUGUACCAUCAUUGUCACUUUGGUUCCGAUCAGAAUGACAACCCCUUCUCCCGUUCCCUGGAGCCCAUCGAGUCUCUUGUGAAACAGCCCACCCUCCCUUCCAGAGACUUCUCCUCCCGGUCCCUCCCUGCCUCCUCACGCCCCACCCACCUGAGGCGACUGCACCCCGCCCUGCCACCGUUUGACCAGUCCCUCCAGAACACCAGGAUAAAGCGCCCUCUCCAGGGCUCACCGCACAAACUCCUCCAUGAUCCGGUGUCAAGGAAUGCUGCCCAGUUUGGAGAGAUAUGCAGGAACACACGCAAGGAGUUGGAGGUUCAGAAAGAAGUUGAGACUCUGUUCAAGACAUGGGAGAAUCUGAAGAGAGGUCCUAGAUCUAGGCAACCAGUCUGCAAGAUAAGUGACCACAUGCUUGACCUGCUCAAACAGCGGUCAAGGCUCGUCCACUACUGUGCCACGCCCCUCCUGCUCGACCCCCACUGGAGGGACCAUAUGAACUGUAACAUGGCGGGCGGGGCCAACAUGGACCCCUCCCAGGUGAAGCAUACCAAUGAAGCACCGUGGCACAAUGACAUCAAGAACACCAUGGUGUCCCAGUACAAGGAUUUCCUGAAGUGGCAAGGUUUCAUCAGUGUACAUACAUCACAGACCCACAGUAGACAAGGAUCCAAGCUUCUGCAUGCCCGAGGUAGCUCUGAACAGCAUUCCAGACGUCUAAGCCUGAAGCGCCCUAUUGAAUCAGGAGUUGAAGGUCACCUUCAGAUCACCUCACCAGGGGGUAUCAUCCUCAUUGAACUCUCUUUCAAGCACAUCUAUUUCUGUGUGAAGCUGUAUGCCUUUGAGAGCUCCAGACUUCCAUCGGGAAAGACUAUCAACAAAGAGUUGGCGACCCUAUUCACCGAUGACUGUGACAAGUACAAAGACCUGAUCCAUCUUCACUCGUCGGCUUACGACUUCCACCUGCGGACGAUCCAAUCCUAUCUCUUCAACCCUGACAUGGGCUUCCAGUCACAUUACCAUGUCUCCAGCUUUCUUGGGAGUUUCAUGAAGUACUACUCGAUGCCACCACAGUUCAGGCAGAACUACAUCAAGAAAGACACAAUCCAAUUCCUUAGCCUGAACACCCCAGCUCCCCAGCUGUACGAGUACCUUGUCAACCACCCACCUCCUAACUGGCGGAAACUUGUGAUGGUCCAUCCCUCCUCCUCCUCCACGGGCACGCCCGAGGCUGCAGGCUUUCCUAGCGACAGGGAGGAGCUUCAUCAUGCUCUAUGCCGCAUCCACGGCAGCGUCCACCCUCUCCUUCAAGAUCGUCAAAGCAACCGCUUCCCAGAUGACGUGAGCGUAGUGGUGGCCUGGGAUGAGGCCGAGUACCGCUGCCAGACUAGGCCGAAUUCACCGGCCGUUGGAGCCUCGGGGUCUUCAUCAGCUGAGAGUAUGGCGGUUUACCACAAGAACAUGCUACAGCUUGAGUUCUAUGUCAUUGUGACAAAUCGCAAGGAUAUUUACCCACAGAAGACAGUUAAGCCCGUGCGAGCAGACGAUUCCUUCCUCCCUAAAUCAGCGUUCCUCCAGCGGUGCAAGCUCGGAGAGACGGAGGCCAUUGCCGAGCGUGAGCGCAUCCUGGCCAUGUUGACCAGUGCCGAUAUCAACUGCAGAAGAGACUCUCUGUGGGAUCAACUACUGAUGUGGGACAUGGAAGACAUGGAUUCCAUGGCAACCGCAUCAACAAAGAAAGGGAAGAAGAGAGACAGCGCAGAGGAAGAGGAGUCACAGUCCAUGCCUUAUCCAGAGUUCAAGGUGCUGCUAGGGUGUGUCCACCACACCCCUCUGACCAUCAUGGACCCCUCCCUCAAACCCCUCCUAACGAAUAGUGUGGGCUGGUAUACAGAGCUCUUCCGUGCCUUGAGGGGCAGUCGUUACCCCAUCAUCACCCGGUAUAUCACCAGCGAGGAUGGCAAGGCCAAGCAUCUGGUUCUUCUCCUUGCGGACUCCUGCAACCAGGUGGUUCUGUUCACCAUCGACGAGAACACAGCGGAGUUGGAGAUGAUCAGUAAAGAACGUCCUACCAUGGUACCAGACGGGGAUGGCAACAUGACCAUCAUCCUGGAUAUUGAGACUCAGAAGUACAUUGAGAAUAUCAUCAAUGCAAUCGGCUUUCAUCUAUGGACCACGGUCUUCUGAGGACCACAGAUUGUCAGGGGUACAAGACCUUUGAGAGGCAACAUGGCGAUCUUGGACAUUGAGGAUAUAAUCAAUGUCAUUAGAGGUUUCAUCUAAACCACAAGUCUUCUGAAGAUCAAAGGUUGUCAGGGGUACAAGACCUUUGAGAGGCAACAUGGCGAUCUUGGACAUUGAGGAUAUAAUCAAUGUCAUUAGAGGUUUCAUCUAAACCACAAGUCUUC